GGAUGAGCUUCAGCGGCGCCUCUUCGCCAAAUGGACAGACUUGAAAAGGCGGCGUUGAAAGGAAAUUAUAAAUUUCCUCAAUGACAUGUAGCGGGAGCGCAGCUUUCUCCAGCAGCGGUUUCAUCAACAUCUCGGGGUUUUCCUUCAAGUGCUUCGGUCCUUCCUGCCGCCGGCGGUUCCUGCUCCGACGCGGGUGUGGAUUUUUGGUUUCCUCCGAGGUGGGAACAGCAGACACUUAACGCUCUCCUGCAAGUUUCCACAUCAUCCAGGAUGGAUUUUGUGUCAUCGCUGAUUGGAUUUUUAAUGGCGAUGUGUCAUCUGGCGCUGGGAGUCACGGGAGAAGGGGUGCGGGAGUGCGGCGGCGUGCUGGACGCCAGCGAGCCCGGGUACAUCACGUCCCCGGGUUACCCCCUGGAGUACCCGUCCCACCAGAACUGCCACUGGAUCAUCACGGCGCCGGAGCCCUCGCAGCGCAUCGUCCUCAACUUCAACCCGCACUUCGAGAUCGAGCGGCUCGACUGCAAAUACGACUUCAUAGAGAUCCGCGACGGGAUAUCGGACACCGCCGACGUUCUGGGCCGGCACUGCAGCAACAUCGCCCCGGCGCCCAUCAUCUCGUCCGGCCCCUCCCUCCAGAUCCGCUUCGUCUCGGACUACGCCCACCAGGGGGCGGGCUUCUCGCUGCGCUACGAGAUCUUCAAAACAGGUUCCGAAUUCUGCUUUCGCAACUUCACCAGCCCGUCUGGCAUGAUCGAGUCCCCGGGGUUCCCGGAUAAAUACCCUCACAAUCUGGAGUGCUCCUACAUGAUCAUCGCCCCGCCCCACAUGGACAUCGCGCUCACGUUCCUGACCUUCGACCUGGAGAACGACCCCCUGCUGGUGGGAGAGGGCGACUGCAAGUACGACUGGCUGGACGUGUGGGACGGCCUGCCUCAAGUGUCCCCCCUGAUCGGCCGCUACUGCGGGACCAAAAUCCCCCCGGAGAUCCAGUCGUCGUCCGGCCUGCUGUCGCUGUCCUUCCACACCGACAUGGCGGUGGCCAAAGACGGCUUCUCCGCCCGCUACAACAUGACGCACAAAGAAGUCUCCGACUCGUUCCACUGCAGCAUGGCGCUCGGCAUGGAGUCGGGGAAGAUCAGCGACGACCAGAUCUCGGCGUCCACCACCUUCUACGACAACCGCUGGCUGUCGCGCCAGGCGCGCCUCAACAACGACGACAACGCCUGGACGCCGGCCGAGGACAGCAACAAGGAGUACAUCCAGGUCGACCUUCACUUCCUCAAAGUUUUGACGGGGAUCGCCACGCAGGGCGCCGUGUCCAAGGAGACCCAGAAGAGCUACUUCGUCACCACCUUCAAGCUGGAGGUCAGCACCAACGGCGAGGACUGGAUGGUGUACCGCCACGGCAAAAACCACAAGAUCUUCCACGCCAACACGGAUCCGGCCGAGGUGGUGCUGAACCGGGUCCCGCAGCCGGUCCUGGCCCGGUUCGUCCGCAUCCGGCCGCAGACCUGGAAGAACGGCAUCGCCCUCCGAUUCGAGCUCUACGGGUGUCAGAUUACAGACGCGCCGUGCUCAGACCUGCAGGGCCUGCUGUCCGGCCUGCUGCCCGACGCGCAGAUCUCCGCCUCGUCCAGCCGGGACAUGGUGUGGAGCCCCGGCGCCGCCCGGCUGGUGGCCAGCCGCUCCGGAUGGUUCCCGGCGCCGGCGCAGCCGCUGGCCGGAGAGGAGUGGCUGCAGGUGGACCUCGGCGUGCCGAAGACGGUGCGCGGGGUCAUCACGCAGGGCGCGAGGGGAGGAGACGCCGGCGGCGGCGCCGCCACGGAGAACCGGGCGUUCGUGAGGAAGUAUAAAGUCGCCUACAGCGUGAACGGGAAAGAGUGGAACUUCAUCAUGGACGUGAAAACCAGUCUUCCUAAGAUCUUUGAGGGCAACACGCACUACGACACCCCGGAGCUGCGCCACUUCGAGGAGACGGUGGCGCAGUACGUCCGGCUCUACCCGGAGCGCUGGUCGCCCGCCGGCAUCGGCAUGAGAGUGGAGAUCCUGGGCUGCGACCUUCCAGAAACCACCACGCCCGCCGACACGGCCACGCCGACUCCGCCCCCGGACGUCCAGACCACCACGGCCCCCGUCACCACCACAGCCGCCACCGCUCCCCCGUCGGACAGCGCGUGCGACUUCGACCGCGACCUGUGCGGGUGGACGCACGACCCCAACGCCCCGCUGCUCUGGUCCCUGCACAGCCACGAGCUGAACAGCUACCUGUACCUGGACGCCGGCCUGAAGACGGAGCAGCAGCAGGCCCGCCUGCUCAGCCCGGCGGUGGCGGCCGACACGGGCCCGCUCUGCCUCUCCUUCUCCUACCAGCUGUGGGGCGAGGCGCAGGGCCACCUCAGGGUGCUGCUGCGGGACGCGCACGGCGAGGAGACGGUGCUGUGGACGCUGCGGGACGACCAGGGCCCCGUGUGGAGGGAGGGCCGCACCAUCCUGCCCCGCUCCCCCAAGGACUUCCAGGUCGUGAUGGAGGGUUUCUUCGUGCACGGCACCAGAGGACACAUCUGGAUCGACAACAUCCACAUGAGCUCCAGCUCGCCUCUGAAGGAAUGCACACAACCCUUCGCCGCCUUCUCUCCGGAAAAUCCAGUCAAGAGACCCACCGACUUCGGCGACGGUCGGCUUUUCAGCGACAGAGACGCGCUCGGCGGAGGUCUACAGUUCCCCGAGUGGAGCACGGCGUCGCCGUCGUCGGACCCUCCGGUGACGCGGGUCUCGGAGAAGGACAACUCGUGGCUCUACACCCUGGACCCCAUCCUGGUGACCAUCAUCGUCAUGAGCUCCCUGGGCGUCCUGCUGGGGGCGGUGUGCGCCGGCCUCCUCCUCUACUGCACCUGCUCCUACAGCGGCCUGUCGUCGCGCUCCUCCACCACCCUGGAGAACUACAACUUCGAACUGUACGACGGCCUCAAGCACAAGGUCAAACUCAACCAGCAGCGCUGCUGCACCGAGGCGUGAGGGCGGCGCCGCCGCCGCCGACGGAAACCCAGCGAGAGACAGAGCCAUUUUUUUUGUGAAAACCUCUCACUAUUUGCAUCCUCUCCUCCAGUUCACUUUAGUGUCAGUAUACUUCCUUGGUGGUGCAGAUCCCAGGACGCAGGGGCCGUGAGAAAGCCGCAUUCUCGCUGUUUCUCUUAGAAACAUGUGGCACAGACCAGUAUUGGUAGUUUUUUUGUUUGUUUGUGUGGUCACAGAACCAGUAAGCGAAACACUGAGGGUUGCUACAAGACGGACUGUUCUUCAGGGGAUGUUAGGCCUCAAAAAAAAAAACAAAUAUCUACACAUAUCAACUCCAGAUCCCUGCUCCGUCGAAACAGAAGUGUUUAUAAAUGCAUCUUAGAUUUUGUAAGAGGUCUACUUUUGAAACUGGGUACUGUAAACUACACGGAGCGCCGAGACACAUGGCGUUGGGACGGUGGUAGGUUAGGAACGUGCUUAGAAAGCGUCUCUUUUUAUUUUUAUUUUCUGAUCACAUGUGAACACAGUGGCCUAGAAGUUAGCUCCUUUGUGUCCGCUCCAGACCCCGCUGCCUGUCGAGCCUCAGUUAUCCUCUCAGUUCCUGCCGGUCUGCGGCAUUUUAGUCACCGACGUCCCCUGAGUUUUGUCUUUUCUGCUCAGUCACUCCCUUUUCUGUUUUCGUGUUUUGGGUUUCUGGCCUGUGGCGCCGGGUAGGUUUGAAAAAACAAGGCGAAGAAAGCGUAUGUGUUUAGAGGUGAGGGGAGGGCCCGGGCGGGGGGGUAUUUUAACAUUUCUUUUAAUGACAGAGAGAAGUUAUUGUUAGAUUUAGUUGUUGCUGGUUCCCGUCAAAGAGAAGGUCAUGUUUACAUUGUGGUUGAUGCAGAAAGGUCAGGGAGCGUUGGUCGGUGCAACCUAUGGAUUGCUGCUGAGGGCAGAGACUGAACCACUGUAGAGAGAGAGAGACAAAGAGAGGGUGAAAGGGGCGCUGUGCUCCAGUCCAAAAACAGAAAAGAAAAGAACUCCCCCCGCCCCCCCCUCCCUCCUCGGACAGGAUCAACAGCUCUUCUCCGUCCACUGCCUGUGUGUCCGGACGCACAGCUAGCCUUAAACUGUCGGUGGAAAUGUUGGAAAAAAAGGAACGUUGAGGCGACGCCGAGACGAGAGAGGAGGACUGCAUCUCUGUCUCAGCGAAAUGUGGACCUCAAAAGCCAUGAUUUAAAGGACCUACCCCCCCUCCUCCCCGUCCUGCUCACACUUCACACCAACCCCAGUCAACCCACAGGCUACUUUCUGGCCUAACUCGUGAUUUUUUUUUUUUUUCCUUCUGGGGUUCUCGCACAAACAAGACGAGCAUUUUUCUUCUUUUUAUUUUUUUCGGGAGGGAGUCCGAAGAGUUCUCGUCUCGCUCCGACUGGACUCACGAUCCAUGAGAAAGAGAGGGAGCGGGAGGAAGCGUCCCACGGUUCCCUCCCGUGCACACGAGCAUCCACACACUCCACUUGUAUAUACAGAUGUAUAUACAGAACGCGAGUGCACUUCCCGCUCUCGGAGACGUUGGGCGCGCUCGCACACACACUGAAAGAUCCAACAAAUGAAGGGAACCCUGGCUUCUGCCGAGAGGCGUGUAGAAUCGAGACCCUGAAGUCCCUGAAACGGCGUGAACGCGCCGCACAUAUGCACUCCACAUUUCACCCCCCCCAUUCGCCACGCUCGCCGUCCCUCUCCUCGGAGGCCCUCAUCUCUGGACCCCACUGACUCUCUUCGAAGUGCCUUGGAGCCUCGGGGAUCCAGCUUUGCCUUUGGAGCCGAAAUCGGACGCGCCAAUUUGACGCUGACAGUGGCGGCACGGCGCCCCCUUCUGUCCGGGAGGACCAAAAACAAACACAAGAGGACAGGAUCCCCCCCCCCCCCCCCCGUUUCGCACUGCUAGGACUGCUGUUGAUGUUGUUUUAAAGGGGGUCUUUGUACAGAAAUGCUCUUUUUAUGAUUGUUAUUAUAAUUAUUGUUAUGAUUAUUUAAUAAAGGAUUUAUACCAUA